GGAGGGGCGGGGGUCACCAUGGCCGAGGCGCCUCAGGUGGUGGAGAUCGACCCGGACUUCGAGCCGCUGCCCCGGCCGCGCUCGUGCACCUGGCCGCUGCCCAGGCCGGAGUUUAGCCAGUCCAACUCGGCCACCUCCAGCCCGGCGCCGUCGGGCAGCGCGGCUGCCAACCCCGACGCCGCGGCGGGCCUGCCCUCGGCCUCGGCUGCAGCUGUCAGCGCCGACUUCAUGAGCAACCUGAGCUUGCUGGAGGAGAGCGAGGACUUCCCGCAGGCGCCCGGCUCCGUGGCGGCGGCGGUGGCGGCGGCGGCCGCCGCGGCCGCCACCGGGGGGCUGUGCGGGGACUUCCAGGGCCCGGAGGCGGGCUGCCUGCACCCAGCGCCACCUCAGCCCCCGCCGCCCGGGCCGCUGUCGCAGCACCCGCCAGUGCCCCCCGCCGCCGCUGGGCCGCUCGCGGGGCAGCCGCGCAAGAGCAGCUCGUCCCGACGCAACGCGUGGGGCAACCUGUCCUACGCCGACCUCAUCACCAAGGCCAUCGAGAGCUCGGCGGAGAAGCGGCUCACGCUGUCGCAGAUCUACGAGUGGAUGGUCAAGAGCGUGCCCUAUUUCAAGGAUAAGGGUGACAGCAACAGCUCGGCGGGCUGGAAGAAUUCAAUUCGUCAUAAUCUGUCCCUACACAGCAAGUUCAUUCGUGUGCAGAAUGAAGGAACUGGAAAAAGUUCUUGGUGGAUGCUCAAUCCAGAGGGUGGCAAGAGCGGGAAAUCUCCUAGGAGAAGAGCUGCAUCCAUGGACAACAACAGUAAAUUUGCUAAGAGCCGAAGCCGAGCUGCCAAGAAGAAAGCAUCUCUCCAGUCUGGCCAGGAGGGUGCUGGGGACAGCCCUGGAUCACAGUUUUCCAAAUGGCCUGCAAGCCCUGGCUCUCACAGCAAUGAUGACUUUGAUAACUGGAGUACAUUUCGCCCUCGAACUAGCUCAAAUGCUAGUACUAUUAGUGGGAGACUCUCACCCAUUAUGACCGAACAGGAUGAUCUUGGAGAAGGGGAUGUGCAUUCUAUGGUGUACCCGCCAUCUGCCGCAAAGAUGACCUCUACUUUACCCAGUCUGUCUGAGAUAAGCAAUCCCGAAAACAUGGAAAAUCUUUUGGAUAAUCUCAACCUUCUCUCAUCACCAACAUCAUUAACUGUUUCGACCCAGUCCUCACCUGGCACCAUGAUGCAGCAGACGCCGUGCUACUCGUUUGCGCCACCAAACACCAGUUUGAAUUCACCCAGCCCAAACUACCAAAAAUAUACAUAUGGCCAAUCCAGCAUGAGCCCUUUGCCCCAGAUGCCUAUACAAACACUUCAGGACAAUAAGUCGAGUUAUGGAGGUAUGAGUCAGUAUAACUGUGCGCCUGGACUCUUGAAGGAGUUGCUGACUUCUGACUCUCCUCCCCAUAAUGACAUUAUGACACCAGUUGAUCCUGGGGUAGCCCAACCCAACAGCCGGGUUCUGGGCCAGAACGUCAUGAUGGGCCCUAAUUCGGUCAUGUCAACCUAUGGCAGCCAGGCAUCUCAUAACAAAAUGAUGAAUCCCAGCUCCCAUACCCACCCUGGACAUGCUCAGCAGACAUCUGCAGUUAACGGGCGUCCCCUGCCCCACACGGUUACACUUAAAAGUACUUCAGAUUGUCUGACAGCAGGAACUGAGAGAAGCAGUCCAAAGAUGUCUUUCACCAACUCCCUUUUAGUUUUCUUGGUUAAAAAAAAAAAAAACAAAAAAAAAAACCCUCCUUUUUUCCUUUCGUCAGACUUGGCAGCAAAGACAUUUUUCCUGUACAGGAUGUUUGCCCAAUGUGUGCAGGUUAUGUGCUGCUGUAGAUAAGGACUGUGCCAUUGGAAAUUUCAUUACAAUGAAGUGCCAAACUCACUACACCAUAUAAUUGCAGAAAAGAUUUUCAGAUCCUGGUGUGCUUUCAAGUUUUGUAUAUAAGCAGUAGAUACAGAUUGUAUUUGUGUGUGUUUUUGGUUUUUCUAAAUAUCCAGUUGGUCCAAGGAAAGUUUAUACUCUUUUUGUAAUACUGUGAUGGGUCUCAUGUCUUGAUAAGUUAAACUUUUGUUUGUACUACCUGUUUUCUGCGGAACUGACGGAUCACAAAGAACUGAAUCUCCAUUCUGCAUCUCCAUUGAACAGCCUUGGACCUGUUCACGUUGCCACAGAAUUCACGUGAGAACCAAGUAACCUGUUAUCAAUCUGCUCAAUUAAUGGACUUGUUAAACUUUUGGAAAAAAAAGAUUAAAUGCCAGCUUUGUACAGGUCUUUUCUAUUUUUUUUUUGUUUAUUUUGUUAUUUGCAAAUUUGUACAAACAUUUAAAUGGUUCUAAUUUCCAGAUAAAUGAUUUUUGAUGUUAUUGUUGGGACUUAACAUUUUUGGAAUAGAUAUUGAACUGUAAUAAUGUUUUCUUAAAACUAGAGUCUACUUUGUUACAUAGUUGGCUUGUAAAUUUUGUGGAACCACAGGUAUUUGGGGCAGCAUUCAUAAUUUUCAUUUUGUAUUCUAACUGGAUUAGUACUAAUUUUAUACAUGCUUAACUGGUUUGUACACUUUGGGAUGCUACUUAGUGAUGUUUCUGACUAAUCUUAAAUCAUUGUAAUUAGUACUUGCAUAUUCAACGUUUCAGGCCCUGUUUGGGCAGGAAAGUGAUGUAUAGUUAUGGACACUUUGCGUUUCUUAUUUAGGAUAACUUAAUAUGUUUUUAUGUAUGUAUUUUAAAGAAAUUUCAUCUGCUUCUACUGAACUAUGCGUACUGCAUAGCAUCAAGUCUUCUCUAGAGACCUCUGUAGUCCUGGGAGGCCUCAUAAUGUUUGUAGAUCAGAAAAGGGAGAUCUGCAUCUAAAGCAAUGGUCCUUUGUCAAACGAGGGAUUUUGAUCCACUUCACCGUUUUGAGUUGAGCUUUAGCAAAAGUUUCCCCUCAUAAUUCUUUGCUCUUGUUUCAGUCCAGGUGGAGGUUGGUUUUGUAGUUCUGCCUUGAGGAAUUAUGUCAACACUCAUACUUCAUCCCAUUCUCCCUUCUGCCCUGCAGAUUAGAUUACUUAGCACACUGUGGAAGUUUAAGUGGAAGGAGGGAAUUUAAAAAUGGGACUUGAGUGGUUUGUAGAAUUUGUGUUCAUAAGUUCAGAUGGGUAGCAAAUGGAAUAGAACUUACUUAAAAAUUGGGGAGAUUUAUUUGAAAACCAGCUGUAAGUUGUGCAUUGAGAUUAUGUUAAAAGCCUUGGCUUAAGAAUUUGAAAAUUUCUUUAGCCUGUAGCAACCUAAACUGUAAUUCCUAUCAUUAUGUUUUAUUACUUUCCAAUUACCUGUAACUGACAGACCAAAUUAACUGGCUUUGUGUCCUAUUUAGUCCAUCAGUAUUUUCAAGUCAUGUGGAAAGCCCAAAGUCAUCACAAUGAAGAGAACAGGUGCACAGCACUGUUCCUCUUGUGUUCUUGAGAAGGAUCUAAUUUUUCUGUAUAUAGCCCACAUCACACUUGCUUUGUCUUGUAUGUUAAUUGCAUCUUUAUUGGCUUGGUAUUUCCUAAAUGUUUAACAAGAACACAAGUGUUCCUGAUAAGAUUUCCUACAGUAAGCCAGCUCUAUUGUAAGCUUCCCACUGUGAUGAUCAUUUUUUUGAAGAUUCAUUGAACAGCCACCACUCUAUCAUCCUCAUUUUGGGGCACUCCAAGACAUAGCUGGUUUUAGAAACCCAAGUUCCUUUAAGCACAGCCUCCCGGGUAUGUAACUGAACUUGGUGCCAAAGUACUUGUGUACUCAUUUCUAUUACUACGUACUGUCACUUUCCUCCCAUGCCAUUACUGCAUCAUAAUACAAGGAACCUCAGAGCCCCCAUUUGUUCAUUAAAGAGGCAACUACAGCCAAAAUCACUGUUAAAAUCUUACUACUUCAUAGAGUAGCUCUUAGGAAAAUGUAUCUUCCUCCUGAGUCUGGGUAAUUAUACCUCCCCCAAGCCCCCAUUGUGUGUUGAAAUCGUGUCAUGAAUCCUUGGUAGCUCUCUGAGAACAGUGAAGUCCAGGGAAAGGCAUCUGGUCUGUCUGGAAAGCAAACAUUAUGUGGCCUCUGGUAGUUUUUUUCCUGUAAGAAUACUGACUUUCUGGAGUAAUGAGUAUAUAUCAGUUAUUGUACAUGAUUGCUUUGUGAAAUGUGCAAAUGAUAUCACCUAUGCAGCCUUGUUUGAUUUAUUUUCUCUGGUUUGUACUGUUAUUAAAAGCAUAUUGUAUUAUAGAGCUAUUCAGAUAUUUUAAAUAUAAAGAUGUAUCGUUUCCGUAAUAUAGACGUAUGGAAUAUAUUUAGGUAAUAGAUGUAUUACUUGGAAAGUUCUGCUUUGACAAACUGACAAAGUCUAAAUGAGCACAUGUAUCCCAGUGAGCAGUAAAUCAAUGGAACAUCCCAAGAAGAGGAUAAGGACGCUUAAAAUGGAAAUCAUUCUCCAACGAUAUACAAAUUGGACUUGUUCAACUGCUGGAUAUAUGCUACCAAUAACCCCAGCCCCAACUUAAAAUUCUUACAUUCAAGCUCCUAAGAGUUCUUAAUUUAUAACUAAUUUUAAAAGAGAAGUUUCUUUUCUGGUUUUAGUUUGGGAAUAAUCAUUCAUUAAAAAAAAUGUAUUGUGGUUUAUGCGAACAGACCAGCCUGGCAUUACAGUUGGCCUCUCCUUGAGGUGGGCACAGCCUGGCAGUGUGGCCAGGGGUGGCCAUGUAAGUCCCAUCAGGAUGUAGUCAUGCCUCCUGCAUUUCGCUACCCGAGUUUAGUAACAGUGCAGAUUCCACGUUCUUGUUCCGAUACUCUGAGAAGUGCCUGAUGAUGUUGAUGUACUUACAGACACAAGAACAAUCUUUGCUAUAAUUGUAUAAAGCCAUAAAUGUACAUAAAUUAUGUUUAAAUGGCUUGGUGUCUUUCUUUUCUAAUUAUGCAGAAUAAGCUCUUUAUUAGGAAUUUUUUUGUGCAGCUAUUAAAUACUUGAGUUAA